AACCCUGGCCGUGAUGAAGAACGCCCAUCGGGAAAUUGGGAUGAUGAUCAGAAGAUUAUUCAUAGGAUGAAGCUUUGUAAGAAGUUUUAUAAUGGAGAGGAAUGUCCAUAUGGGGACAGAUGUAAUUUUCUUCAUGAAGAUCUAUUGAAGUUCAGCGAUGAUAUGGGGAGGUUUAGGGAGAGUUCAGCUAUUAGCAUUGGAACAACAUGUCCACCUGCAGGACAUGGAACUGUGUCCGACCAAUUUGGAGGUAAUUGGCCGGUAAAAAGCAGCAGUUCGGAUGCUUUUCAAGGAAAUACAAAACCUGUUUAUCCUGUGUAUUGGAAAACGAAGUUAUGUACAAAGUGGGAGAUUACAGGUCACUGCCCCUUUGGUGAGAAAUGCCACUUUGCUCAUGGGCAAGCAGAGUUGCAGGGCAUGAACGGACGUGUUGAUGGUGACUUUGGGAAUUCGGGUUCUGGUUUGACAAGAAACAGUUCUGUUUCAUCAAAAAUUCACUCCCUCCCUGCUAACGAUCCACCUCCAGUGACGUUGAGUUCCUCUUCUUUUGAUGAAAAUGGCCAGGCUAAAAAAUGCUUGUUAAAGUGGAAAGACGGGGAAAUCAUUAGGAUAUAUGGGGAUUGGCUUGAAGAUAUGCCAUUGGUGCACAAUUUGCCCAGUCAGAUUUAGCCCAUUUUAUAGUUGAUCCGGCUAAGGCGUCCAUCGGAUCAAUGCAUUUAUGCAUUUCUUGAGAAGCGUAUCUUCUCGAGGUAAAAUAUUGUUAAGUUCAUCGGAGGCAAGGACAACAACAUUCACAGCACUUAUCAAAAGGACCUGGAUUGUGAUUCUCAAGAGGUUCCGAGCCCCAUCGAUAUCUCAUUUGUUCAAUGAG